GGAAAAUUUUGAAAUUUAUGGGAAAUCUUCAGAGGCCUAAGAAGAGAACCGUCAGUUAAACGUCGUUUUGCCAUCAACUUCCAACACGACAAGAAGUGCUUCAGUUUUCCCAGCAUUUUCUCUGAAAUUAACUCAUUUUGGAUGAUUCUUGACCAAGUGCGCCUGACAUGAAGUCCCUGUCGUCCGUGAGACCAGUAAUUCUCCUGGCAUUUGUGAAUGUGGCACUGAGUCAGAGAGUUGCUCCUGGAGUGCCACCACAGCAAUACCAACCACCGCCCCAGCAGGUGCCACAGUAUCAACAACAGCAAGUGCCUAAUCCGCAGUAUCAGCAACCACAUCAACAACAUGCACCACAGCCACAGCAGCAUCAUCAGCCACCUCCACAGCAGCAGCAGCAUCAUCAGCAGCCACCACCACAGCAACAACAUCAUCAACCUCCGCCGCAGCAGCAGCAGCAGCAUCAGCCACAUGGGCAUCAUGGGCAGCAGCCUCAGGUUCUCAAUCCAGGAAAUAUUCAAGAAGAAAGGGACCACAUCAAGGAGCACCUGGAAGUGCCAAUUGAUACGAGUAAGAUGACAGAGCAGGAAUUGCAGUUUCACUACUUCAAGAUGCACGAUUCAGACAACAACAAUAAGCUUGACGGAUGUGAAUUAAUUAAGUCGCUGAUCCAUUGGCACGCAACGGAUGAGCCCACAGAUCCGGAUCAGAUUAGGCAUGCAAUGUACACGGAUUCUCAGUUGGAGGCAAUUGUUGAUCAGGUGCUAGGGAUGAUGGAUAAGAAUAAGGAUGGAUUUGUCGAGUAUCACGAGUACAUUGGUUCGGAGAAUGCGCAAAAUCGUGCGGAUGACCUCAAGGCGAAUCCUCACAUGCAGACAAGGAAUUGAAAAGAAAUAAAAAUAAAUUUUUAUGUGAGGAGUGGAGUCAUGCAGUGGACUUUUGAUCGUCUUCUCAUACCUCUUCUCUAUACAAAGGGAUGUUUCGAUCCUUUUUUCUUUGAGGAAUAAAUCCGAAUUUUCUAGUCUUCUUGUUACUAAAACUUCCAAAUCAAAUUAAUUCUUGUGCAAUCUUUUCUGCAGCCAAUAUUUCCUUUUUCCUUCCGCUUUUUGUCCUUUUGCUCUGUACAAUCCUUUGAAUUUUUGCCUAAAAAAAUCAUUUUUACGACUUUUUGAUUUUUUGGUUGAAAUUGGUUUAAAAGCAAAUUAAUACGGUUAAAGGAAAAAUUCUUAUAGAGACCUCUAAACAAAUUUUCAACAUUGGAAUUUACUUAAAUCAUUUUAAAAUUAUUAAUACAUAUAUGGAAAAGCUAAAAAAAAAAGAUCAUGGGUUGUGUAUUUUAAAGCAAAAUUUUAAAAUUUUUGGAAAAAUUUAAAAUUUAUUCUAAAAAAAUUUUUUUGAAGUAAAAAAAAAGGUUUUUUGUGAGAUUUGAACUUAUAACUAUUGCAUUGAUGACAGCAUUUAAACUAAUUGCUAAAGACUUUCUUUAUAAAUGCACCAGAUAUCGUUUAAAUAAUAUUCUAAGAACUGAUUUAUUUUUCUAAUCAUUCUUUGAUUAAUUAUUCCAUUUUAAUGCAUUCCUUAAAACCUUUUUUAUUGAAUAGGCAAUUAAAAAAAAAACUUCUUUUGUACGUAAAAAAGAGGAAACGUAAUGUGAGCUUAAUAAAACAAAAUGUUAAAUAAAAUACAUAAAAAGUAUUAAAAACGUAUAAAAAAUAUUUGAACAUUUUCAAUAAAUCCGUGUACACUACAUCCUCCUUCUUCAGGCCUAUUAAAAAUACGAUUUUUCAUUAGGAGCCUCAUAGUUUUUUUUUUAUUAUAUUCUGUAAAUAUUUUGUACAUAGCACAAAAAUCUUCGAUUUAAUCGUAUUUUCAACAAUUACUUUAAAAUAUUGAAUAUUGCCUCAAAUUGGAUACAAUAAUAAAUUUAAAAUGACAGAA